AUGGCGGAUCGCCCCGCGUUUCGGUCUGGCAGGGCGGUGCUGCGGCCCGCCCUGCGCACGUGCGCCAUCGGCGGCGGCCUGGCCGCCGGCAGCGCGGCGCUGUGGCGGCACCAGCAGCAGCAGCAGGGACGCAGGGGCAGCGGCGACGCCGCCGCGCCGGCGCAUGUGCGUGCGCCGCCGCGCCUCCGACUCAGCGCGGCAGCGAUCGAGGCGUUCGCGGGCGCCAUGGGCGAGGUGGCGCAAAUAUCCCUGCUUUACCCUUUGGACACCAUCAAAGUCCGCUGCCAAGCGCAGGGCGUGCCCGCACGCGUCGUGAUAGCGGCCCUCUCCCGCCUCGGCCCGCGCGCGGCGGCGGCGCAGCUCUUCGCCGGCGCGCGGCAGGCGGCGGUGGCGUCGGUGCUGGUGGGGGCGGUUCACUUCAUGUCAUUCUGCUCGGCCAAGCGGCUCGUCUCGCGGCGGGAAGGGCCGGCGGUUGUGCCGGCAGAGGGCGCGGGGCGACAGGACGAGGGGCGGCAGCAGGAGCAGCAGCAGGGGCAGCAGCAGCAGCAGCGGCAGCAGCAGCACCACUUGGUCGUGUCUCAUGGCGCGAGCGGGUCACAUUUCACACCGGUGUCAGACGCGCUCUGUGGGGCGGACGGCGCCGGGGUGGACGCGGGCGGCGGCGGCGGCGGCGCGGAUGAGGGGCACGGCGGCGCCGGGGGCAUGAAGGCAAAUCUAGCGGCGGCGGUGCUGGCGGCCGUGGCGACGGCAGUGGUUGAGGCCCCACUGGAGCUUUUUCGCCACAAUGCGCAGGCCGGGACCGGCGCCAUGGGGGGCGACUUCUUCGGGGCCAUGUGGCGGGUGCGGCUUUCUUGA